GUGAAAUCACCGCUUAUUGACGAUCAUUACUACAGCAGUUUUAAAUAUGUGGACAAAUUCCUCCAGUAGAGCUCUAAAUACGAUCACGUUCGUUAUAUUGUUCUGUUCUCUGUUACCGUUUUUUGUCAUCAGUUAUGCAACCGUUGCCAUUUCCCGGCAACUGUGGAUGAUUAUCCUGUUCAGACGGUAUCCUUGGCUUAAGCAGACCAAUAUCCACGGGAUCAAAAGUUUUGUCGAUCGUUCCCGGAAACCAGAAGUGCUAUGUGUUUUGAUGGAAAUGGAAGGUGAACUGGAUAUGGUGAAGCUCAAGGCAGAAUUUUUACAUCACAUUGGUGACUGCAGUAGUGCUCAUAUGCGACUAUGCUUGCCGAAGUUUAUUUUACCAUUUGUUUCAUGUUGGAACAAAUAUUCGUGGCUCAAGGGAACCAGCAGUGCCGAUGAGCAUAUAAUCCUUACCCCAGCUAUUCAGCGGGGGCGUCCAGUGCAGGAAUUGAUGUGUUUAAUAAACAACACGAGUGCAACCUGCACAUCAAGCGAGGAGGAGCCUUUGAUAACGAAAUCGAAACCGGCUCUGCCAUGGCAAAUCGUAUGCAUUCCUGUUAUCGGUGGUUCUAACGAGAGAAAUGAAAAGUGUAUCAUCUCCAACUAUCUACUCUAUACAAUCGACGUGGAGCUGCUCAGCGAGGCAGAAAAGCGUAACUUGAACUACAUUCCUUCCAAUGGAUACCUGGAGCGCUCAAGACCGUUGUUUGAUAAUUUACUUGAUAAACCGUACUAUAUUCCAAGGCUCUGGAAUUAUAUUUUUUCUUCGAUACAGCAGCGUUGGAACGAGUUCGUGUACCAACAUGAUCCGCUAGAAUCGCCUGAUUACGACCAUAGGAAAUAUUCCGGCAUUGGGCAGCUACUUUCGGCGGUGUUUAUUUCGAUCGUUUAUGUUUGUGGAGAUUUUUGCUCUUCAUUUCGAACCCUUAAGGAGAAUCCUCUGGAUAAGAUUGACUACCUACAACGGUUAAUCGAGCGCGAGAUAGACAAACGGAACCUUACCAUACGCACGAUCUGGGCCACCUUUUUGUUGUCAAUCGAACCGAUAAAUUUGCUAAAGGAAUGCACAUUCCUGUUGUGGAAAAUCGUUGCCACGUUCACCUUGAUGGUUCCCUGGUACACUUUAAGGGAAACAGAGGCGAUAAUACUUUACUUUUCCAAGGGAACAGUGAACAAUGAUUCGAUCUUUGGAUUUUUCGUCGAAUGCAUCCCUAUUUGCUAUGGCGUUUUAAUGGAAUGUUGGCGAAUGAUUAGAUUACUAGUCGAAGUUACGUUACAACUAAAUGAAUAGUGUCUUCGAAUAAUUGUACAAAAAAAAACCAUACAUGAAUUAUACAAUCUGCAAACAAUGGAAAACGAUAAUCACUACACGUGAACUAUGAUGACUAGAUGGACAAAUUAAAAAUAAUGUUGUU